AUGGACGGCCUUUUAACAGCGGUCAAGACAGUUACGCGCGACUCGCGACCGUCCCUAGAAUCUACAGCAGAUUCUAACCAGCAUGGCUUGGAGCGCUGCGCAAAUAUAUCAAUGAAGUCAGCCAGAGAACCAACAUCCCCAACUUAUAUUCUGGACGUGCUGAAGUCGAGACCCGAUCAUGAUCAACUCUUACAAGUGCUCGGUAUACUGGAUCCAUCGAACAGGAGCAUCACGCCGGAUCAAUUCGAUAUCAGAAUCCCAAGCCCGACAUCAGCUCAAAUUCUCCAGACCUUAGUCAGCGCCACUAUUCCUGAUAUCUGGGAUACAUUAAAUAUGAAGUCCAAGGAUACCAAACCGGCUGGAUCCAAACUACGAGCGGCACUAUUAAGAUGUUUAUGCAGCGUUGCUGGUGUGAGCUCGUUGGUGGCCCAGCUUCGUUCCUUGAUAGCGGCUUCCCGUUCAUCGUCCGCAGAGGCAAAAGGCUCCAGCAGUGGCAUUCGAGUUAGAGAUAUUCUUGAAAUACUGUCUGCUCUGUUAGAGCCAAGUGACUUUUUGUUCCGGGUGUAUACGGAUAUCUCUGCUGUCUAUCCUAAUGAGACGCAGAAGCAGGUCAGCUGGCGAGAGCUCAUUUCUCUCAUUGCCGCUAGUAGGGUCUUGUCCACUGCAGCAGAGUCUCUUACAUUAGUCAACGACCUCCCUAGAUUAAACAAGGUCUCCUGGGUUGGCGACGGCCCGAAGUAUGCGUCCUGGAUAGGUGAUAAUAUCUGUCGAUUCUGCUCAAAGAUCAACUUGAAGAACGAGAGUGCUUGGAAAGCGAUUGCGUCGUUUACAGGGCGGGCAAUGAGCCUUGGAUAUACAGGUCAAUUGGUCAGCGGUGUUUACAGCGGCCUUCUCAUUGAUCAGACCUUUCCAAAGCAAUUCAGCACACUUGUCGACCAUCUACGGAUGACGGAGCAGGUAGCAGUGACAGAAGCCGUCUUCCGUGAUGUUGAGAGAAGGUUUCUCUCGGAAGACCUCUCCAUGGAAGCAGACCCGACUUCAAACCAAACGAUCGGUGGCGUGGCAACUUUGUGCUCAAACAUUAUCUCCAAUCGACAGCACCUCGAAAGUCAGGUCGUAGACUGGCUUUCAAAAGGGCAAGGUGGCUCAAUUCAGACGGUUGGACUACGCCGAGCACUUUUGGCCAUGCUUGCAGACAACACUGGGACAGACUAUCUGAGAAAUCUAUUCAUAAAAAGUCUCGAGCAGUUUGGUGACAAGUUCUACAUUAAACAUGCACCAAGCAGGUGUCAGGAAGCGAAUACUCAGGUCGUUCUCCUGGCCGCCAGUUACCUCCAGCGAACGGACCUUAUAACCGUGAAAGAAAUAGGACGUUCUGGUAUCUUUCUAAGCGGUGUCUCGAACCGCCUGGCAGCAUCUUCCACCAGGGCACGCUUCUUGGGUAUGAUCGUCGGUACUGCCAUCUCGCAACUGAUCGAGGAGGCUGGAAAGGGCAUGAAAUUCGACCUCGAGGAAAUUGAAAGUGAAGAAGCACUGUGGUAUAUGGAUCUCAUCAAUACGAAAGACUCCCUUGGGUCUCUAGACUCAAUCCGUACUCCGACACCCAAGGCGCAGAAACCUCCCAGGAACUUGUCUUCAGAUCCUACUUCCCAAUCGCAAUCUAAACCGCAGUCCUCUAAGAUUGUGGCCAUCGAAGAGAUAGAAUCCGAAAAUGAGGAGGAGGAAGAAGAAGAAGAACAAGAAGAAGAAGACGACCUAGUCCCCUACGAGAAACCAGACGACGACCCAUCCGAUGACGAUAAUGACCCAACCUUAGUCCAGAGAAAUAAACCAACAGCACCGGUGUACAUCCGCGACCUUGUAACAUACCUCCGCGAUACAGACAACGUCGACCGCUACAACCUUGCCAUCUCCAGCGCCCCAUCUUUGAUCCGCCGCAAGACCGGCUUCGGAACCGAACUCACGGAGAACAUCGAAGAACUAGCCCUCACCAUCGUCGGCCUCCAAGAGCAAACUGACACACCGAAAUUCCACGAACACAGAUUACAAAGCAUGAUUGCGCUCAUCGUUGCGCAACCGCUCAAAAUGGGCCGCUGGUUCUCUGCGAUUUACUUCGAAGGCGAUAUAUCGCAAGUCCAGCGCUCCGCGAUCCUCACAGCUCUUGGCCUGAGUGCUCGCGAACUCGCCGGCAACGGGGAGGAAGAUUCGAAAGUCCUGGGUCUCCCCGUGAUACCCGAUGCUUCGUUCCCGUCCAAGCGAUUAUCAGAAAGUCUGGAAGCGCUGUACAAGACUGACGAGUCGCCCAUCGCAAGCUUGACCAAACAACUCUCACAGGCGUCCCUCCAACCCUUAGCUGCAAACGCCGCAGAUUCAGCCUCUGGCCCGAACGCACUCAAAGUAAGAACCUUCUCCUCGCGAAUGGAAGUCGAAAGGAAGCGCCAGCAGCGCGAGGCCCAGAAACGCAAGUCAACAGUCAAACAUCUCCACAAGGUCUUAGCAGAGGGAUUCUUCUACCCACUAAAGGGCCGAUUCGACAUGAUGAUGCUGCAGUUUUCCUCGUCCACCGCACCCUCCUACAACCCGUUCGCAACCCCCCACCUCCUCGCCCUCUUCCUCCAGACCCUCUCCCUCAUCCUCUCCACAACAGGCCCGCACACUCCCCUCCUCCCAAACCUAACCCAAGAAUCCCUUUCCCUCCUCCUCACCCUCCACGCGCGGCCCGUCUCCGACGACGCGACCAUCCAAUCCGCCCUUCUCUCCUUCUUCCUCGCUGUCGUCGAUCUGAAUAUUUCGUCCGGCGUUACUGGUGAAGAGCGACUAGUGACGGACUUUGCAGCGCAGGUUAUAGAGUUGAAGGAGUGGGCUGGGGAGCUGUUUGAGAGGAUGCCGGCGGGUGUGGCGGCAGUUGGUCCGGGUGAUGAUGAUGCGCAGGGGCAGGUGAGGACGUUGGCGGCGGGGGUUAUGGUUAAGUUGGGGGAGGUUAUGGAGAGGUAUCAGGGACGGUUGAUGGGGGUUGGGGUUGGGUUCAAGUAUUGA